CUCCUCCUGAGUCAGAUAUCGGCGCCGGCAAGGCGAGUCGGUGCCGGGUUAGAGGAUCAGUGGGAGGUGGAGACUGGCCCCCGGGAGGGCGAAGAUGGCGGAGAGAGAGCUUUGGGAUAUAUCCUGAAUUAAAAGAAAUAGGAUUAUUUCAGCUUUCUUUGUCCUUCUCUAGCUUCAAGUCUCUAUUCUGAAUAUUGUUGGAAGCACAUGAAGCCAUGGCAGAUGAUGGUGUUCAACCAUCCAUACCAAAAAGGUGUGGUCCAUACAUUUCUUCUGUCACCAGCCACGGCUUGAACCUGGUCCUUCGUGGGAUAGUCCUGUUCUUAAUUGGAGUCUUUCUUGCAUUAAUAUUAAACUUGCUUCAGAUACAAAGAAAUGUUACCUUAUUUCCACCUGAUGUUAUUACAAGCAUCUUUUCUUCAGCUUGGUGGGUACCCCUUGGAUGUGGCACAGCAUCAGCUGUAAUUGGGUUAUUGUACCCCUGCAUGGAUAGACAUCUGGGAGAACCUCAUAAAUUUAAGAGGGAAUGGUCCAGUGUGAUGAGAUGCGUAGCAGUCUUUGUUGGCAUAAAUCAUGCCAGUGCUAAAGUGGAUUUUGCCAACAACUUUCAGUUGUCUCUCACGCUUGCUGCACUUUCAGUUGGGCUGUGGUGGACUUUUGAUAGAUCUCGAAGUGGUUUUGGACUUGGAAUAGGAAUUGCAUUCUUAGCCACUUUGGUGAGUCAGCUUCUGGUCUACAAUGGAGUUUAUCAAUACACAUCUCCUGACUUCCUUUAUGUCCGUUCCUGGUUGCCCUGUAUUUUCUUCGCUGGUGGAAUAACUAUGGGAAACAUUGGCAGGCAGCUAGCAAUGGUAAGCUAGCGGUUCAGGGUUCUCUGUGUUUGCAGUAUACUUUAUGAAUGUAAAGUUAUUGCGGAAAAAUCUCAUCAAGACUGAAAAGAGCAAAAAUACUUUUCUCACAGGAGGAUGAAGAACAGACUGAGAAGAGCACCCAGUAGAGAGUACUUGAUUAUACAAUUGCCAAAAAGCAAUCUCCCUCUUGUUCCUUCUUCUCUUGUCCCUUUGUGUCUCUGGCCUGGUCCAUUUGCAAAGGCACUAUUUACUGCAAUCUGUGAUUGCUGCAUCUCUAGGUCACUUAAAACUCCUGGCAUCUUGGGAAUGUGAUCUGUGUGAAACUGUGCUUCAGCGCAACGUGCUGGAGAAAGUAUUGGCUUCUGAGUAGGAUCCUUUGUUUUCUAAACUAAGCUAGGCUUGUCAUAUACUGUCCCUUUCUUUCCAUAAGAUUCCUGUGCCAAACCAAGCUUACAACAAAACAAAACACCACCCUCUUCUGGCUGCAUUAUUUUUUACUUACUUUGGCCAAUUUUGAGAGAUGUGGUUUUCAGAGUGUUGCUAUUUUAUUAUACCUCAAGUCAGAGGGAUAAAUGGCCCAAAAAGACACUGAUGAAAUUACCAUUGAAAGUAUAAUCAGUGCUGUGACUUUUCUUAGUAAAAAGUUAAAUAAAUCUACAAAACAGCUGCACAUUAGGUGAACACGAAUUUUCUGUUUUGUGUCAAGAGUUGAUGGCAUAGUUGGAUGUAAAUGCACUAUUUGAAAUACAAAUGGGUAAUACUGCUACUAUACUCUGUGUCUAUGCCCAUAGUGUGUUGAGCGUGGGACCACACUGUAAAUAGGUACACCCUCUUGUAGGACUCUUCACCUCGUAGUAGCAGCAAUACAGCUAUUUAUUGAGAUGUGAUUCAUGCUAAAUAGUAAUGCUGAGGCUAUCCAUAAAUAAGACAUUUACAGUUGAUAGUUUAGUUCUGGAAAUAGGAAAAUCCAACUUUCUUUUUAAGUUUGGUAAGAUGAACUUCAGUGUACUAGUUGCAAGUACCACUCUCACUUUGUACAAUAAAACAUGGAUAGCUGCUUGUAUUCUGAUCAUAGGAUCUAUAAAUGUUCCUUUACAGAGAUCCCAGAGAAAUGAAUUCAUGUUAUUGCUCUUAUAGAAAUGUCAUGUGACAAAGUGAAUUUUAACAAAAGAGAGGCACAGCAGAAAUUAUUAUGGUACUGCCUCAGAUCAGUAGAGCUGAUCCUUGAGUCUGGUAAUGGGAGAAAGGAAAAAGAAACUUUCUAAUAAUAAAAGUUUUAAAUCAUUCAAUUUAAUUGCUUCAGUAAUUUGUGUAAAGAAAUCUGUAAAGUGAGAAGUUGCUGAUGCUUUUAAAAAAAUUAUAUUCAGUGCAAGUUUUAAAAAAUACUCUGCAGUCACUCAAAGAGGCUGAUGUUGGUCCAAAGAAAAGUAAGUAAGUGUGUGUGUGUGUGUGUGUGUGUGUGUGUGUUAAAUAUAUAUAUAUAUAUAUAUAAAAAAUUUAUUUUUCUUUAAUAUAUUCAUAAAAAUGUAGAAUUGGAAAACUUAAGAUUUUUAAAGACUUGCACAUUAAUACAUGAAGAAUAUGCAACGGAAGUCUGGGGGACAAUAAACCAAACUUUGGAAAGGAAAAUGUGCAAUCAAUAAGUCUUUAAAAAAUAGCAAACAAUAUGCAAAAUAGCAGUAGCUCCAACUUUCGGCUAGCUGUUGCAAAUUCACACUAUUGCACUACAUGGUCUUUAACAUGAUUAUAAUGAUAUCAGACUAAAUACUAGAAAACACUUAAAGUGUUAGUGCACCUCCUUAUAUGCCUUUCCCCAUGUUAAAUCUGCAGUGGAACAAAUAAUUCAUACUAUUUAAUUUUAAAACAUCUCUAAUAGUGAAACUGUUUCUGAGGUGGUUUAAGAUUAAAUCAAAGGAGAUCUGAUCCUUAUCAAGUUAAUCUGUGGUUCUGCUGAAUCCACUUACUUACAGUGAUCAUCAGAGCUUAUUGAAAUGGUGAUAGUGCUUUGAAGGCUUAAUAUGAUAACUUGGCUCUCACUGUGUAGUCUGAUUAUUGAAUUGGCAUGUUGCUGUAACAAAAUACCGUAUGCGUGGCUUUGAAUAGAGCUGUACCAUAGAUCUUUAGUUACCUGGCUUUCUAACACAUGGGUAGUACCAUGUGCUAGAAGUAGAUCAUCUGCUACUUUGCUUUUGUAGUUCCGUGGGCAGGUUUUGUGGGUUUAGCUGCCUUGAAGUGAAACGGCCUAAUGGUUUGCCACAAGGUUUACUGAAUCUAAUUGCAUGGAACUUUGCAGGUAAGAGUGACAUUUGGUUCAACCUGUGGGUAUAAUGACUGGCCAUGAUUGUGUUGAUUGAAAGUUAUGAAUACUACUGUUCAUAAAACUUUAGGCUUUUCAAUGAUUGCCAAUGAAGCCUUUACUGCACAAUGUAUUGGACCUAGUUGUAAAAUAGGACUUCAUUAUCUUGCUAAGAACUCCAAAGUAGGUCACGGGUGUUGGUAAACCUUAAAAACAUGAAGUCAUGUCUCAUUGCAUAUUGCCCUGAAGAUAGACAUCAACAUUUGCAUAUUAGCUUACUCAAUAAACAUCAUUGUUGCCCAUCAGCGGAAAUGGAGGCAUUUUGAAAAUGGUACUUGAAAACCUCAUGACUAUCACUUCUACUCUUGAGCCCAAGAAGCAAAUUACCCAUCUUUCCAAAGUUACUUUGAUAGACCACUAUUAUCUCUUAAAUAGUUUUAUUGAACAAAAUCCAUGUUGUUUCUCUGUACUACCAGCCAGUACUGUAAUUGUGAGAGGAGAGGUUUGUGAUGAGAAUGCCUUAAUUACAGAGGUGGGAAAAAGCAACUACUGUAUGAUGUGUAACUAUAAUAAUAGAUUGUCUUCAAAAUGCUCUAUAGAGGAUGAAUAAGGUAUAUUUUAGAUACAACUUUAUAAGCACUAUAAACUCUUCACUAGUUGUGAAUUGUAAAAGUUGUUAAUGUUUACUUCUUUAGAUUGCUGUUAAAAGCAAAAUAUGUAUUAAAUAAAAUUACAGCCUUGAAAAA